CAUAAUAUUGAUACUGCAUGUAGGUCAAGUAACGUUGCUAUAGUGAAAGCUUACGAGCUGAUUCAGUCUGGAGAGUGCGACGCGGCCAUUAUCGCUUCCGCCAAUCUAUGCCUCCAUCCUUAUGUACAAUUUCAAUUUUACCAUCUAGGGGUUUUAUCUUCUGAUGGUUACUGUAAACCCUUUGACGAGGAAGGCGCCGGAUAUAUGCGUAGCGAUACGGUCGCGGUAGUAUAUCUGCAAAAGGCAAAAAAUGCAAGAAAUUAUGCAACCCUUGUACACGGUAAAAUAAAUUGCGAUGGUUUUAAAGCAGAAGGUAUUACUUUUCCAUCGGUCGAAAAGCAAAAAAUAUUGUUGAGUAAAUUUUAUAAGGAAUGUGAAAUUUCGCCCAAUGAGUUAUCUUACGUAGAGGCCCAUGCAACUGGUACUCUUGCCGAUGAUCCCAUAGAAGUUAUGGCCAUUGACCAGACUUUAUGCGCUAAAAGAAACACUCCUUUAUUGAUGGGUUCGAUAAAAUCAAAUAUUGGACAUUCCGAACCCGCCAGUGGCCUUUGUCAAAUCGCAAAGGUAUUAUUAGCGAUGGAAACUGGUAUAAUUACGCCUACUAUACACUUCAAGCGUCCGCGAAAAGAGUUAACUGCUAUUAUCGAAGGAAGAAUAAAGAUCGUCACUGAACCAACAGAAUGGGAGGGUGGUUAUGUAGGUAUCAAUUCUUUUGGGUUUGGAGGGGUUAAUGGCCACAUAUUAUUAAAAUCAAAUCCAAAACAAAAAAUCAACAAUAGAGCUUCGAAUGAUGACUUACCUAGGCUUGUAACUGUAUCUGGUCGUACGGAGGAAGCAGUUAAAAUCAUCUUAGAUGAUGUGCGAAAUCGACCAAUAGAUGCUGAGUUUAUAUCUCUGCUACAUCAUAUUCAUAAUAAUGAUAUAGAAGGUCAUCCUUACAGAGGAUACAUGAUAACUGGGUCUAAAAUACCUCAUAAUACAAUUAAUAAAAUAGAACAUACUUCAUAUGUCAGAAGACCGAUUUGUUUCAUAUUUUCUGGAUUAGGAACUCAAUGGUUUGGGAUGAGUCGCGCGCUAAUGAAAUUCCCAGUGUUUGCCAAGGCAAUCCAAAAAUGUGGUAUCGUUUUGAGAUCUUACGGCAUAUCACUUACAGAUAUUUUAACAAGUAAUAAUAAAAAUAUUUUUGAUAAUAUUUUUAAUUUUUUAUUGGGUCUUAUUGGACUACAGAUUGGAUUAGUUGAUCUUUUAACAUCUAUUGGUGUAAUCCCCGAUUUUAUAAUUGGUCACUCCAUUGGUGAACUAAUCUGUGGAUAUGCCGAUGGAUGUUUAACGGCCGAAGAAACGAUUCUGUCAGCAUAUUUCAUCGGUUUAGCCCUUCACGAAUCGAAAAUAAUUAAUGGCUCCAUGGCUGAAAUUAAUCUCGACCUUGAAACCUUAAAAGUUAUGUGUCCUUCGGAUAUCGAUAUAGCUUGUUACAAUAGUUCUUCUAAUUUUAUUGUAAGCGGACCAACGAAUUCUAUAAAAACAUUCCUCACCAAAUUGCAGGCGAAUAAUAUAUCUAUAAAAGAAAUUUCUUGUGGUUAUAUACCUUUUCAUAGUCGUUACAUCAAACCUGUUGUAGCUAAGUCUGAAGAAUACUUGAACCAAACAUUACCACAAAAAAAGUUUCACAGCUCAAAGUGGCUGAAAACAUCCUCUCACGAGUACUCCAAUACUAUACCUUUAUGUUCAAAAUAUUAUACAAAUCACUUGUUGUCUCCGGUGUUAUUCGCAAAGACGAUACGUUCAAUUCCAAAAGAUACAGUAACAAUUGAAAUUUCUUCUCAGAAUAUUCUUCAAUACAUUUUGAAUAAUUAUUUAUACUCUACAGUAACAAACGUAGCGCUAUAUGAACAA